AUGCCAAAAAUGACAUGGACGUUGACAAAUCAAUGUGUUUGUGGUUGUAGCGGUGGCAAAUAACCUGAAAUUUGAUUUCAUUUCGUCAAUUUUUAAGUGAAAUACUUCAAAAGUGAACUAAUAUUAUAUUUGCGUCAGUUGUCCAAGUGAAGAAGUACGUUCUGCUAGUAUAAUGGCUGAUCAGGACCAGAAGAAGUUAGAGGAACGAACGAUCAAGGCGGAAAAAGAAGCAAAGGCGAUUGAAGAGGAAUUGGACAAAAUAUCUAAAGGUGACCUAGGAUAUAUAGGUGACCCACGGCUUGAGAAGCUGUCUACUGAGAAUGAAAAACUCAAACAUCGCUUGGUUAUAUUGGAAAAUGCGAUAAAAGCGGAAUGUUCCGGCACUAACUCAACAGCUGUUAAAAAAGAAACCAAGAAACGUCCAACUUUGAUCACCGAUGUAAACUCUGUUGAAGGCAACAUAUGUUUAGUGGAUGAACUAAAGAAUAUAUUCGAAGUGGCCAUUACAUCAGCUUAUCCUGAUUUAAAGGAUCCCCCAGUGGUCAUCACACUUUCUGGCAACAAUCCAAAAUUCGGAGACUACCAGUGCAACUCGGCGAUGGCUAUCUCACAGAUGCUUAAAGCUAAUAAUGUGAAGACCAACCCUCGGGAAGUGGCUAAUAACAUCUUAAACAAAACUCCAACUUCACCAUUUAUUGAGAGGAUUGAAGUAGCUGGAGCUGGAUUUUUGAACAUUUACAUCAACAAAAUGAUUGCUGAACACAUUUUGAACUGUAUAUUACGAUUUGGAGUAAAACCUCCUCCAGUGAAAAAAGAAAAGGUUGUUGUUGAUUUCUCAGCACCAAAUAUUGCCAAGGAGAUGCAUGUAGGUCAUCUAAGGUCCACCAUCAUAGGAGAAAGUAUUUGUCGUGUUCUAGAAUUCUUGGGCCAUGAUGUAUUGAGGAUCAACCAUUUGGGAGACUGGGGAACACAAUUCGGAAUGUUGAUUGCACACUUACAAGAUCAAUUUCCUGACUACAAAACUCACUCUCCCCCAAUCUCAGAUCUGCAAGCUUUCUACAAGGAGUCUAAGAAAAGGUUUGAUACAGAUGAAGAAUUUAAGAAGCGAGCUUAUGCAUGUGUGGUGGCACUGCAGGCGGGCCAGCCUGAUUACAUUGCUGCCUGGAAACUCAUUUGUGAAGUAUCUCGCCAAGAGUUCCAGAAGAUUUAUGAUCGACUUGAUAUCAGUAUUAUUGAUCGGGGAGAGUCAUUCUAUAAUGAAAGAAUGCAUGUUGUUGUCAAGCAGCUUAAAGACGGUGGCUUUUUAGAAAAUGAUGAAGGCAGGUUGAUUAUGUGGGGUGACCCUGACAAACAUGAUAGUAUACCCCUCACUGUUGUAAAGUCUGAUGGAGGUUACACUUAUGACACAUCUGAUAUGGCAACCAUUAAGCAAAGGGUGGAGGAAGAGAAGGCAGACAGGUUUGUGUAUGUCACUGAUGCUGGUCAAGCUACGCAUUUUGUUGUCAUAGAAGCCUGUGCACGCCGAGCUGGUAUUCUAAAGGGUGAUCAGCGUAUGGAACAUGUUGGCUUUGGAGUUGUGUUAGGGGAGGAUAAGAAAAAAUUCAAGACCAGGUCUGGAGACACCAUCAAACUUAUUAAGCUACUUGAUGAGGGUUUGAAGAGGGCUUUGGACAAACUUGUUGAGAAGGGACGAGACAAGGUCUUAACACCUGAGGAAUUGAAACGGGCUCAGGAAGCCAUUGCUUAUGGUUGUAUUAAGUAUGCAGAUCUUUCACAUAACAGGGUAAAUGACUAUGUAUUCUCUUUUGAUAAGAUGUUAGAUGACAAAGGUAACACUGCUGUAUACCUGUUGUAUGCCUUGACUCGUAUCCGGUCAAUAGCACGGACAGCACAGAUCUCAGAGGAACAGCUACAAGCUGAGGUUGAGAAAUCUGGCUUCAAGUUUGACCACGAAGCUGAAUGGAAACUAGGGAAAGUAUUACUCAGGUUCCCAGAAAUCAUUUUGAAAGUAUCCUCAGAUCUGUACCUGCACAGCUUGUGUGAGUAUCUAUAUGAAAUAUCAUCUGCAUUCACAGAGUUCUAUGAUAAAUGUUACUGCAUUGAAAAAGAUAAAGAAGGAAAGAUUGUCAAGAUUAUCUAUGAAAGGUUGAUGCUUUGUGAAAUCACUGCCAGAGUUAUGGAAAAAUGUUUGUUCUUACUAGGUAUUAAAACAGUAUCUAAAAUGUAACUGCUUCAAGUGGUACUUAGUUUUAGGCAUAUCACAAUAUUCUAAUUUAUAUACCAGUAAUUUAUACAAUGCCUAAAGAUUUUUACAUUAAAUAAUAACUCAAAAUGUG